AUGAGUCUCUCCGAAAGAGACUUUUCAAUGGAAUAUACCAUAAAGAAUGUUUCUAAAUUUUCCAAUGGGGAAAAUCAGUGGAGUGAUGAAAUGAUUUGGCGUAAUUUAAUAUGGAAAUUGAAAAUCAGCAAGUUAGAUGAUUGCCUUGGUGUAUCCCUAUACUGUUCUCAAAUUUCCAAUACUUGGAUCAAAGACUGCCAGGUUUCGGGAGUAGUCACUUGUGAAAUAGUGUCAGACAAUGGGAUAACUCACAAUGACAGCAGAAAUUUCCACAAGAAAUCACCAUCAAAAAUGAAAGGUCCUGUAGUUGGUUUUCACGAGUUUCAAAAAUGGGACGAGAUGGAAAACAACUUUUUGAUUGCGGAUGUGUAGAUAAUUUUGCAACGACAGAGCAUCCGAGUUUUCUUAGUGGCGAAUUCGAAAUAUCUCAUCAACUUAAACAUCUUGAAAGAUUUGAAGAAUAUGAAACACAAUUUAGUGAUGUGAAAGAAUGUCAGGGAAUUUUAUGGAGGAUAUGUGUUAUAAAAGAGGAAAGAUAUCUCGAAUGUUAUUUACAGUGUGAAAGCAAUCCCAAUACAUCACUAAUUUGCGUCAGUGCAAUAUGCAAAUUGCGUAUUAAGUCCAAGGAAAACUAUGAGAUUUUCGACUUGGAUGUACUUGAAUUCAGUAGACCUACAAUGCUGGGCAACAGUAAAUUGAUGAAAUGGGAGGACCUGAUAUCAAAUUAUUUGGUUAGCGACAGUGUCACAAUAGAGGCAGAUUUGGAAGCCUAUAACGGAUGUCCAGUCAGAGAAAAUUAUAUGACAAAAAAGUUUGUUCUUUCACACCAGUUUUCUGAUGUGUCCUGCAUCGAAAUAAGAGAAAGGAGGUUUAGUAAAUUUGAGAAACGAUUCAAUAUUCCAUGGAGGAUAGAGUUAAAGAGAGUAUCAGGAUUUCUCGAGAUUCACCUACAUUGCGGAGAAAAUGCAACAUUUGACUAUCAUAAAAUCGAAACAGACUGCUGGUUCAAUUUGGUAUCAACCAACGGAAAGCACUUGAUGAGACAAAUGUCUGCGAAAUUUUACCGUAUUAGUGAUAUAAAGAGCUUGAGGAAAGUCAUUAGAUGGGACGAUAUGAUGACAGAUUUUGUAAUCAACGACAGUUUUAUCAUCGAAGCUCAUAUCGAGAUUUUGAGUAUCAUUGAAGAAGCGUGCUUUUGGCCUUAUUGGAUAACGGAAGAGGAUGCAGUAUUUCAUGAAUAUACGAUUUGUAGGCUAUAACAAUUUAAAGUGGUGUUUUUCAGAAGAUCUUUUUAUAUAUCCUGUAAAGUUAACAAUGUUUCAAGAUUUCUAGAUGAUGAGAAGCAGUGGGGUAAUACGGAAUUACGAUAUGAAAUUCCAUGGAGAAUCCAAGCAAAAAGAACCUAUGAUUUUCUCGAAAUGUAUCUUUUUUGUGAUGGAGAAGGCAAUGGUUUAGAUCAGUUAAUAAAAACAGAAGUCACGUGCAACUUGGUUUCUACAAACGGGAACAACUUUAGACGAACAACAGAACUUAAUUUUAAAAAACCAGGUGGUCAAAGCAUCAGUGAAUUUAUUAAAUGGAACGACAUGAUAGAGUCUUUUCUCAAUCCGCUUGAAGACAGUUUGAUCGUCGAAGCUCAUGUUAAAAUUUUCAUGGUUGAAGAGUUUUCGCGUAAAUUUCUGCAAAACGAAAGAAGUUUUUUGAUGUCGCACACAGUGAGAGAUGUUUCAAGCGCGGAAGAAGGAAACGUAGUUUUUUGUGCUACGGAAGAAUGGUACGAUGUUCAAUGGAGUAUUUCUAUGAAGUACAUUAAUGGAUUUGUUGAAUUACUUCUAAGUUGUGACAAAGAUCUGAACGCGCAUGAAGCAUGGAGCAUUGAAGCUAGCGUUCAACGCAUACUCGUUGGAGCAAAUGGUAAAAGACUCACUGACUAUUUUGAGCAUACUUUUGAAAAGCCCGAUUCGAUUGGGGAUUCGAAACUCAUUAGAUGGGAGGACAUGUUGGAUCAGUAUGCGGUGGAGGAUAGUUUAACAGUUGAAGCACGAGUGGUGUAUACGAAAAUUAUCGAUCCUCAACCAGAGUACUCGUUCAUAAUGUGUCAUACCGUCAAAAAACUAUCAAAUGUUCGAGAAGGAGAAUUUCAUUUUAGCAAAACCGAACAGCAUUGUGAUGCUCCAUGGAGAAUUUCCUUGAAAAAAGAAGAAGCGUGUAUUUUGAUAUAUCUCCAUUGUGACAAAUUAUUAUCCAACGAUGAACACUGGUCGAUUCAAGUCGAGGUUCAACUUGUUUUGGGGUCAGAAACUGGGAGAACUUUAACUGACAAGGUCACUCACAUUUUCAAUGAACCGGAAGGAAUUCAUUGGACUAAAGAUUUGACAUGGGAAGACCUGGAGAGAGAUUUUAUGGUUGAUGACAGCGUCAAAAUUGAAGCUCGUGUCAAGAUAGUGAAACCUGUCGAAAUUGAUAAUGAAGAUGAACAUUAG